AUGAAAAUAAAUUGUGAAACUUUACUACUUUUUCUUUGGCAGAAAAUACAGGGUAAUCGAAUUGAGUGGAAAUUCGAAGGACCCGGGUUGAACGAGCAAGUCAAUUUACCUGUAAGAUAUUUUUACGGGAUACCUACUCAGAAUGGAACGAUUUUUUCUGAUUUUGAUCCUUCGGAUAUUUCGUUCAAAAUAAUCGAUGAAAAAUCAGGCAAACGAGCUCGAGCAAGAACAGACUUUGGAGUAACUCACGAUGGCCGCGUUCUCUUCCGAUAUAAAGUCAUCUCCCCCUUUCUAACUUCGUCGACCCUCAAACUUCAAUACCGAAACUCGCCAAUCUUUGAAAAAACCUUCAAAAACCUUCUCUCGGAGUCCUGUUCCUGCCCAAAGUCUAGAGAUGAAUUCAAAAACUCUUUCCAAUGCGAAGAGUUCAAGCAUUUAACAUCUUCAUUCAACCGGUUGAAGAGCAAAAAAAUCACAAAAGAGACCAUCGCCAAUCAUUCUUCAAAAACCUUCGCCGACGACAGCGUUGUCCAUUACAUCAUCAAGAACAACAGACUUUAUUCAAAGACCCUUUCUCCCAACCUAGAUUUCAAGCGCUUCUCGGACGGCAUCAUUCUUUCCCUCCUCCGAAAAGUCAGGCUUCCAGACAUCGAAUUCUUCUUCAACGUAGGUGACUGGCCCCUGUCUACAGAUUUCCCGAUCUUUUCUUGGUGUGGAAGCGAUUCAACGAGCGAUAUCGUCGUUCCAACCUGGGAUCAGAUCAAAACAACGCUUCUUUCCAUGUCAAAAAUAAACGUUGACAUCCUAACCAUGCAGCUCAACGGGCCUAAAUGGAAGCAAAAGGUCCCAAAAGGCUUUUUCCGGGGAAGAGAUUCCUCAAAAGAAAGAAUAAGGGUAUCCUCUCUGAACAACACUUCAAUAGACGCUGGAAUAACCAGCUUUCAAUUCCAUUCCCAAGGGGAAGAUAAGAAGGUCCCGAUCGUCCCAAUGACCGAUUUUGGCAACUUCAAAUUUCAACUGCUGUUGGACGGGACUGUAGCUCCCUACAGAGCGCCCUACAUCUUCCAAACAAACUCUUUAAUCUUCAAACAGAAAUCAAAAUAUGCUGAGUGGUGGUACCCAUAUUUGAGAAAGGACAUCGAUUUCGUUGAAGUAGACGAGAAAACUGAAAACAUAGAAGAGAAAAUACAAUGGGCCCUGGAAAACGACGAAAUUGCUGAGUGGAUUGCUCAGAAUGGAUUCGACUUGACAAGGGACCUUUUGAAGCCGGAAAAUGUUUACUGUCAUUAUUUACAAGCAUUUGAACAGUACAGCGAGUUGAUGGAUUUCGACCCUACCGUAACCGAAGACUUCGAACUUAUCGACAAAGAUCCAGAAAUAACUGUAUCAACCUGUAAUUGCGAGAUGCAUGAGAGUCAUGAUGAGUUGUGA